GGGCAUUUGACAUGAAAUAAAAAUCAAUAUUUAAAAGAAAACCGUAGAUAAAAUAUGUUUAUAGAGAUUCACUGGUUAAAAUAUGGCUUCCUUUAUUAUGUGCCGACUGGCACGAUGUCAUCGAUACGCGACGACGAGAGAAUUAAGUUUGUUGUCAAGUUGGACGUUUUUCUGGAUAAGAGAUGACUUCCAUUAAAAAGGCGUUAAAACCCAAUUUUGGGUUCGAUAAGUUCCGAUCCCAGACGCAGGAGGACGUUGUUACAGCAGUUGUUAAAGGUGACAGGGAUGUUUUUGUGUGCAUGCCCACCGGGGCAGGGAAGUCCCUCUGCUACCAGCUUCCCGCAGUGUUGGCUAAGGGUAUUACCUUGGUCAUAUCCCCUCUUAUCGCUCUCAUCCAGGACCACGUGGACCACCUAAGGGACCUGAACAUUCCUGCAUGCUCCAUCAACUCCAAGCUCCCUGCAGGGGCGUGCCGUCUGAUCCUGGCCGAUCUGGAGAGUGAGAGCCCCAGGUUGAAGCUGCUUUACAUCACCCCAGAGAUGGUGGCCUCCUCUGCCUUCCAGCCCUGCCUUACAGGCCUACUCUCCCGGAGCCUCCGCUCCUACCUGGCUGUGGACGAGGCUCACUGUGUCUCCCAGUGGGGGCAUGACUUCAGACCAGACUACCUCAAACUGGGCAGUCUGCGUGCCUGUCUGCCCGGGGUACCCUGCGUGGCGCUGACAGCCACGGCACCCCAGAAGGUGCAGGAGGACAUAGCAAGUGUCCUGAGGCUGCAAUCACCGCUGUCCUUUGCCACACCUGUGUUUCGCAGUAACCUGCAUUAUGAGGUGGUGUACAGGGAGCCCCUGGAGGACCCCUACAAGCACCUGCAUGCCUUCAUCAGGGAGGCCCUGACCAUGGGGGAAUGCCCCAAAGGACAGGAUGUACUACUCCCCCCAGUUACUACCAGGAAUCUGGGCAUGCGGGGUGAGACGGGCUGCCCUCUUCCUGCAGGAUGUACUACUCCCCCCAGUUACUACCAGGAAUCUGGGAGUGCGGGCGAGACGGGUUGCCCUCUUCCUGCAGGACAUACUACUCCCCCCAGUUACUACCAGGAAUCUGGGCGUGCGGGGCGAGACGGGUUGCCCUCUUCCUGCAGGACGUACUACUCCCCCCAGUUACUACCAGGAAUCUGGGCGUGCGGGGCGAGACGGGUUGCCCUCUUCCUGCAGGACGUACUACUCCCCCCAGUUACUACCAGGAAUCUGGGCGUGCGGGGCGAGACGGGUUGCCCUCUUCCUGCAGGACGUACUACUCCCCCCAGUUACUACCAGGAAUCUGGGCGUGCGGGGCGAGACGGGUUGCCCUCUUCCUGCAGGAUGUACUACUCCCCCCAGUUACUACCAGGAAUCUGGGCAUGCGGGGUGAGACGGGCUGCCCUCUUCCUGCAGGAUGUACUACUCCCCCCAGUUACUACCAGGAAUCUGGGCGUGCGGGCGAGACGGGUUGCCCUCUUCCUGCAGGAUGUACUACUCCCCCCAGUUACUACCAGGAAUCUGGGCAUGCGGGGUGAGACGGGCUGCCCUCUUCCUGCAGGAUGUACUACUCCCCCCAGUUACUACCAGGAAUCUGGGCGUGCGGGGCGAGACGGGUUGCCCUCUUCCUGCAGGAUGUACUACUCCCCCCAGUUACUACCAGGAAUCUGGGCAUGCGGGGUGAGACGGGCUGCCCUCUUCCUGCAGGAUUUACUACCAGGAAUCUGGGCGUGCGGGGCGAGACGGGUUGCCCUCUUCCUGCAGGAUGUACUACUCCCCCCAGUAACUACCAGGAAUCUGGGCAUGCGGGGUGAGACGGGCUGCCCUCUUCCUGCAGGAUGUACUACUCCCCCCAGUUACUACCAGGAAUCUGGGCGUGCGGGGCGAGACGGGUUGCCCUCUUCCUGCAGGAUGUACUACUCCCCCCAGUUACUACCAGGAAUCUGGGCGUGCGGGGCGAGACGGGCUGCCCUCUUCCUGCAGGAUGUACUACUCCCCCCAGUUACUACCAGGAAUCUGGGCGUGCGGGGCGAGACGGGUUGCCCUCUUCCUGCAGGAUGUACUACUCCCCCCAGUUGCUACCAGGAAUCUGGGCGUGCGGGGCGAGACGGGUUGCCCUCUUCCUGCAGGACGUACUACUCCCCCCAGUUACUACCAGGAAUCUGGGCGUGCGGGGCGAGACGGGUUGCCCUCUUCCUGCAGGAUGUACUACUCCCCCCAGUUACUACCAGGAAUCUGGGCAUGCGGGGUGAGACGGGCUGCCCUCUUCCUGCAGGAUGUACUACUCCCCCCAGUUACUACCAGGAAUCUGGGCGUGCGGGGCGAGACGGGCUGCCCACUUCCUGCAGGACAUACUACUCCCCCAAGGACCGGGAGCAGUUGAACUUCCUCAUCCGCAAGGAGGUGGCCCGCAAACAGGCAAAGCGUGGCUCCGAGAAAGAUCAGGACAAGGCUUCCAUCACAGACUUCAAGACCAUGGUGUCAUUCUGUGAGCAAGAGGGCUGCCGCCCUGCCACCAUCUCCAAGUUCUUUGGGGACCAGAAGCCAGACUGUGCGGGGGCCUGUGACUACUGUCGUGACCCCAAGGCUGUGCGGGCCCAGCUGGAGAAGGGGGCUACUUUGUGUACCAAGACUGAAGCAGCUCGGAGCACACAGCCCAGGGGCCCGUUUGGGUUUGACCGUGACCUCUACGCCAGGGGGAGGAAGGGCUACGGCUUUGAGAGGGAGGGCUGGGAGAGUGGAGGUGAUGAUGAUGAUGGCUCCGAGCAUCGGAGGAAAGAGUUCGGAGAUCUCUUCAAGAAACAAAUGAACCUGCGCAAGGUGUCUGAGGGACACAAAGAUUCAUUUAUCCCCCCAGAUGAUAACUGCCCACUCAGGGAGGCCAGCAGCCAGAAAAUCCCCAGGCUCACUGUCAAGGCCCGGGAGCACUGUGUGGCUCUGUUACAGGAGGCUCUGAAUAACCACCAGGUGGCAGCAGCACACACACACAGCUCUGACACACUCUCCUUGGCAGGGGAUAUUGUACAUGAGGUCUUCAUGAGGUCCUCCAACCCCUUCCAGGCUGCCAGUGAGCUGCUGAGGGCCUCUAACUGCGAAGGCUCCACUACAAGUCCAGGGGCAAACAGGGGGACAGGGAGCGGGGGUCCUGACUGCCUGGCUGGGUCCGGAGAGUCAGCCGGUGAGGAGGAGAGGGGAAAGAGGAAGGAGACAAAUACUGGAGAUACAGCACCAACCAUCAGCUCCUCCAUCAGAGCUAAAGCCAAUGCAGUCUCUCCCUUCCUGAACAGUCCCACCAAGACAGGAGGCAAGGCCCUGAGCAAGAAGCAGAAGCUAGCGGAGGCUGCUAAUAACUCCCGCAACAUUACCCAGUACUUUGGGAAGAAACCAAUUGAAAAGAGUCAAGAGGUGGGGAUAAGAACCAAUGAUGUGUCAUCUCAGGCCUUUCAAUACCACCCCAGUCACUCCCCUGCUACUGUCUCCAUGGAUACCAUCCCUAUGGACACUAGUCCCAUGGAAACUAUCCCUAUGGACACCAUCCCCACAGAAAUCAACAACUUGGAUAAUGAUGAUGAUGAGGAGGUUAAAGAGGAAGCUAAACUGGACUCUAUCACAGUGCAAAAUGCACAUGAAAACAAGGCUAAAUCGUUGCUAAAACAAAGGGACAGUGAAGAGAGGGAGGCCCUCCCCCCAGCCAAACGUAGCUGCCCCCUACAGGACAGCAGGAAGAAGGUGACCUUUAACCCAAACAUCCAGGAGACUGUACUGGAGCCAGGGAGCCCAAGCAAAGCCCCCAAGCCUGUGUCUCUGAAGGAGGUGGCUGACAUCGUGGUGCGCUGUCUAGACCCUUUCUAUACGCAGGGCAAGUUUGCCACCAAGGAGCUGUUCAAGUCAUUUGCCCGCUACUUGUCUCAUUUACUAGCAGAGGGGAGGAGUAGGGGAAGAGGUCAAGUGAAAAUGCAGGCCAAGAUACUGAGCCGUUACAGAGAUGAUAUGCUGCUAUGCUGUGUCAACUCCAGGCUCAUGCUGUCGUGGUGUGGAGAGCCGCUGUAAUGGCGGCUAUUAAACAUGUACUGUAUACAGCACGUCUGCUGCUGCUGCUAUGGAACAAGUAGUCAUCCCUGCUCAACGCCGGACAGAGGUGGCUCUUUGUUUGAUGUUAGCACCAUGUGACUAGGACAUUGAUGCUAUGGCUAUACCAGGCCAAACCCUGCUGCUACCCGGUCUGUCAUUCUGCCUGACUAAAGAGGACAGCCAGCUGGAUGUGUAACAACCACACUCUAUCCUUGAUUGAUUUAGGAGCUGUAAUUUCAUGUCUUUUUUGUUGUUAGUUUGUUAUUAGUUGUUUUCAUGAGAUUCUCAAUGAGAACUUUUGUUUAUCCUGAGGAAUCCCCCAAAAUAUGAAUUAGUUUUUUCUCUUGCCCAUAAGUUAUCUUGUCGAAAAAGAUCAGAGCUGGCCAUGUCUGCCUGUGCAGGUUGGUGACUGGGUGGGUGCCUUUUCAAACAGUCAGUCAUUUCAAACAUGAUGGAAUCCAAAGAGCACUUGAUGCACCAAUGGGGAAAAACUCCCAGCCAUCACAGAAAUGUAUCCAAAAAACCCAGCCUUCACACACUAUUGCUCCAUGUGAGACCUGUUUAUAAUAAAAUCUCUAACACUGAA